CAAAUGCAGCUGCAGCCAGUGAAUUGAGGCAAUCAACUGCGUGUACUCCGUACGUGCUCUGCUUGUUUUCAACAUCGGGGCUCCGAUAAUUGCUCCUUGUACAACUAUUCUUUUUCAGUACAUAUGCUCUGACCUGCGUGUUACUCUUUGCUCUGUCCGCACGAUAUGUGUACGGACAAGAAAUGAACUACAUCCUGUUGGGCUGCUUCUAGGAGCACGGUGAUGUUGGAAUCUUCUACACUAUUUCAUUGGACUUUCGUGGUGCCAAGUUCGCCCUCAAUAUCUUCAACUACCUGACUCGCAUGAGUUUCCAUUGAACAACCGUCUUGAUGCCUGCGCAGCGACCCCGCGCGGCUUUUGAGCCACUUUCUCCGGACUUGGACCUUAAAUCACUUGUUGAGGCAACCCCGAAUUUCGAGUAUGCUGCUAGAAUUCAUUGCGACGCGAUCGAUGAAAAUGGACUGGAAAUAUUUGAAAAGCUUGUUCUGCUCCAUGUGGUCCGGGGUGGAAAGCCCUUAGUUGUCGAAGGCUUCGAUCGCUGGCUGGAUGGCUCGAUCUUCUCAGAGAAGUGGCUAAGGAACCACUACUCAGCGAAGACGGAAAUUGCUCGGAAUCUAACUACAAAAACCGAUCUGCCUCUUACUAUUGGGCAUUACUUGAAAAACAUGCCGCUCCUUACCAAUCAGUGGAAUGAGUAUAACUACAAAGAUCCCGAUCGCCAAAGAAUCUAUUUGAAAGACAUUGACUGCCCUCCGGAAUGGUACGAACAGUUGAAAAAAAUAAUACCACCUGGACUAUUUUAUUUGAAUACAUCCGCGCAAGCCUUCGAAGGCCCGGGGGCAACAACUUCAGCCCACGGCAGACACGACAAGAACUCAGGUCCAGAUAGCCUGAUUGCCAGACCAGGCGACCUUAUGAGCUGCCUUCCACCUGGCAUGCGUGCUGAGAACCUAAUGUGUUACAUUGGUCACGAAGGUACUUACACUCCAGCCCACCAAGAGAUGUGUGCUAGUUUGGGCCAGAAUAUAAUGGUGGAGGCAACGGAUGGUUCCGCCGAAUACGGUAAAGAGACGAAACCAGGAUCCUCUGUUUGGUUUAUGACCGAGAGCAAAGACCGGAAAGCCGUUUCCGAAUACUGGAUGUCUAUGCUUGGGCAUGAUAUCGAUAUCGAGGAUCAUUUUGCUCAGAUCAAUGCCUGGAAGGCAGCACCCUUCAAGACUUACGUUGUUGAACAAAGACCAGGCGACUUUAUCCUCGUACCUCCUUUGGCAGCACACCAAGUAUGGAACCGAGGAACAAGGACAAUAAAAGUGGCCUGGAAUCGAACAACCACGGAAACCCUAGAGAAGGCGCUCGAAGUGGCCCUGCCGGAUGCGAGGAUGGUCUGCCGGGAUGAGCAAUAUAAGAACAAGGCCAUAGUGUUCUACUCGUUAGAGCAUUACUCGACCCUUCUUAGCAAGGCAGGCGCAGACGAUAGUAAUCAUCCGACGAUCCAGCUGAUACAGAAGGACUUUGAACAUCUCUUUGCUCUAUUCACCGAGAUAAUUUUGUCCGAAAGCUUUUCCGACAAGCUUCCUGAGGAGGAUGUCGAAUAUGUUCCCUUUGACAGCAACAUCACAUGUUCAUACUGCCGGGGCAACAUCUUCAACAGAUUUUUAACCUGCCCAUCUUGUGUUGGCCCGUCGGUCACGGAUGAAGAGGAUACCUAUGAUGUUUGCAUGGAGUGCUAUGCCAUGGGUAGGAGCUGCGCUUGCAUAUCGAAGCUUAAAUGGGUCGAACAAUUCCAUUGGUAUGACCUUGAAGACAAAUAUGAAACAUGGAGGCAGCAGAUACUCGACUCCAGGCCUCAUGCUGAUGUCACUUAUGAGAGUCUUCCUGCGCAGAGAAGCCGGCUGGCGAAGAGAACGCUUGCAGAGGUUUGUCAGUUAGAACUCAAGAGGCGGCCGUGGGUCGACAUAAGUAAGCCGACAGUUCAAUCAGAACGCCUGGAGGAACUAGAAAGUGAUUUGGAGCGAGUGGGCUCUGCCCGCAAGCGAAGAAAGCCUCGUCGAAAGGACUCAUACCAACAGACUGGGAGUUGCCAUAUCUGCAGGUAUUUCGAGCCAAAGUGGAAGCUCGCAUCUUGUUCUUAUUGCCGGACGAACUACUGCUACGGAAGCUUGUUCAGAGCUUUUAACAUAAAGCCCCAGGCAACCACGGAGAUGUAUGAGUGGAAGUGUCCGAAAUGCCGCAAAAUAUGCAGUUGCGCCGCAUGUCGGCGCGAUCCCUCAAUGAAUCCGUUUCAGCCACCAUGCACAUUAUUGGGCCAUGAUACAAGAAAGAUCGCAGACCCUCGCAGCGUGGAGAGCUUGGUGGAUUUCCGACAAUCCAAUCUUCGAUGGAUAAAGAAGGCUGGCGAUGAUGAGAUUGUCCGGUUGAAGAAGCACCAAAAGGAAGCUGAGGAGAAGCGCAACCAGUCACUGGUUGAGCAUAGCAUUCAGCUUGAGGAGGCCCCUCCCGUAACGGGAUAUGCCGCUGACUAUGGAGAUAUACCGGUGGAUCCGGCCCUGGAAAGGCUCGAUGGCUCUUUCCUAAUCCUCCCAGACCCUGAGUGAGAAUAAUAAGGCAUUGGUGGUUAAGGUUGUUGCAUCUGUAUGCAUAUCGAGUGUUUCUUAUUGCGGAUAGCGAGCAGGUGUUACUUCAUAUUUUGAGUUGAAGACUCACUAGCAUACUCCGGAGGGAAUUAAUUGGUCGAAAGCGCGAUGGAUAUUUAUUAUAUCCUAGAGGAUCUGUGGUACGAGAAC